AUGCUUAAUUCUGCGAUAGAAAGACGCGAACUUCUCCCCAACCACAACCAGUUGAAGGCUGAUUUGUGGGAUCAUAGGUCUAUCACAACAAAUAUAAUGCCAGCUGCGCAAAAUACCAAGGAGGGCUCGACGUAUUUGCAAAAGAAGGAAUUCUCAACAGAUUAUGAUAGUGAAGAUGUUUCUUUAUUAGGGCCACAGCCGGACCGUCUCGAGAAUAGAAACUUGCACAUGACGAAAUCACGUUCACUUAGCAAAAAUAGCUCUGACGGCGAGAGUAACGACCUAUCUUGUUUCUCAAUGUCUUUACUUUCAAAUGCUAGUCGCCAACAACUGAAAGAGAAAUUGCAAGCGAACUAG